CCAUUUUGGCGCAAGUCAUUUUGGUACAAGCCGCUCAGCAAAGUGAGUUCAGUGGACCCUUGUCGACAGCGGUAGCACAGCGCUGCAAUGGCCGCCAGUGCAGCGGAGGACGAGCGCACAGCCAGGCAGAUGCAGGAGGCCGAGAUGGGCCAGGCGCCUCAUUUUGCGCACGGAGCCGUUGUGCAGGGCGUGGCCGUGCACACGCACGCCGUGUCCAUCGGCGCACCUCGCCUCUCGACGGGGCCGGUCUUUGUGGAGGCCAUCCCAGAUUUGCCGACCGAUGAGCUCAUUGUCCUCAGCUUGCGGUACACGGUCGUGUGCUUCGGUCUGAUCGACUUCGUCCUCCAGUUGGUCCGCGAUGUAGUCUUCUGGGCGGGCUUCAUCCAGUGCAGGAGAGGAGGAUGCGACGCUAUCGAAGGGAUACCUUUGUGGACUGUAGGCUUGAUUCAGGCCGCACUCAUCAUCGGACCUCUCUGCGGUAUCAUUGGGGCACGGCGCUUGCAGCGUGGGCCUGUCUCUGUAUAUCUUUGCUUCUGUAUCUUCAGCCUGGUCUCCCAGAUGUUCGUUCUUACAUCCUACUUGUGGUUCGUGAUUUUCCUGAUCGUUCAGGUGUGGAUCACGUGGAUAGUUUGCAAGUUCUGGAGUGCGCUGGGUACGAUCCCCAGGGAUCGGGUUCUCCAGAUGAGGGAUCCCGACUACCUCGAGAAGGCACCAGUCAGAAUAGUGUAUUGGUGAAUUCUGCAUCGGCCCGCGUGUCGGUAAGUAUCGCCCGCUUGUUGGCUAGAUGUUCUAGGUUCUGCCAGACGAUUUGGGCGGGGAAUCGGUUUGGUUUGACAUGUGUGCAGCUGAAGUACGCGUGCUAUUUGACUUUGCAGCAUCUCGGACACCGAGCGGGUAUCUCCAUCGUCGCUACAGAACCGACAGUUUGGCUUGUUCGCCGAUUAAUGUCAGUAUGCAUCUCGCUGCACGUUGCACUCGAGUCCGAGCUGCUCUGAAUUCACGGCGAGCACAGCCUCGCCGCGUCGCUCCGUGGAUCAAUUUACAGGGCGGAGCCGACGCCACAGUCGCGGUGUGACCCAGACGGCACCGCGUGCCGAAAUAGUUCUCCUGGGCAAAACUGUCUGCCUUGGCACCCGGCUAUGCGAAUAGAGAGGGACCUUACGCCAUUGUAAGGGAUGGGUGGGGGCCGUCAGA